AUGACUCGACCCUUACCAAAUCUGAAUCAGGCCUAUGCUAUGAUAGUAAAUGUAGAAAGUCAGAGGAUUAGUGGAAAAUGUGUUUAUGCUGAAAGCAAUGAAGUUGCAAUGAUGAGUAACAAGAUGUAUACUGGAGGUUACAAUGGUGGAGGACAGUCUAAUAUCAGUUCAAACAAAUCAAAUGCAAGUUACAAACCUAGGAACUCAGCUGGUAAAACUGCAGUCUGGUGUGAUUAUUGGAAAUACAAGGGUCACACCAGAGAGAAUUGCUUCAAACUUCAUGGUUAUCCAUCUGAUUUCAAGAACAAGAGAAGAGGGGGAGCUCCACAUGGUCAAGCCAAUAGUGCUGUUAAUUCUGGUAUUUCAGAGCCACAAGGACAGGGACAUCAUGUGACAACUACUCCAGCUCCAGCUCACUUUUUCACUCAGGAACAAUACCAACAAAUCCUGCAUAUGUUGAACAAGGACAAUGAGGUUGAAUCUGCAGCCAAUGUUGUUGUUGCAGGGCCAACAUGUACUGUACAUGCAUUCAUGACCAAUUUAGUGCAUAAUAAUUGGAUAGUAGACACAUGUGCCACAAACCAUAUGGUUCAUAGUUUGAAUCUACUAGAGACCUAUGAUGAAAUACUAGAGGAUGCUAGGAGUAAGGUUCACUUACCAACUGGAGAACAGGUGUCUAUCACUCAUGUUGGUUGUUCUUUCUUCAAGAAUAAGAAAGUUCAGAACAUCCUUCACAUUCCAGAGUUUAAGUACAAUCUCCUCUCAGUGUCUAAACUCAUAAAGGAUUUGAGAUGUCUUGCAGCAUUUUACCCUGACUUCUGUGUCUUUCAGGAACUCUCAAGUAGGAAGGCAUUGGGGAUUGGUAAGGAAGAGCUUGGUUUGUAUAUCCUCAAGGAAGAUGACAGACAAGUGUUCAAUCAACAAGUUUCCUCUCAACUAGUAUCUCUUUCUACUUCAACUGUAAAUACUAUUUCAGAUGACAUAAAAAAAGCCAAGCAAUCAAGACUACCCUUUCCUGUUAGCUCCUCUUACUCUAAAUCUUCUUUUGAUAUGGUUCAUGGUGAUGUUUGGGAGCCUUAUAAAGUACCUACUCAAGAUGGAAAAAGAAUGGAACUGUUGAAAGAAAACACAGGUCCAUUUUGGAUAUGGCCAGAGCUCUCAGAUUUCAAGCUCACUUACCUCUCAGGUUCUGGGGAGAGUGUGAGGAAAGGUGAUAAAUUCUUUCCCAGAGCAAUUCCUGUUGUGCAUAUGAGCUACUCAUCCUCACAAAAGGGUUAUGUUCUCCAUGUUUUGUGCUCAAAAAGAUUUUUUGUCAGUAGGGACACUGUCUUCAAAGAAGAAGUGUUCCCAUUCAAACAUAUGUCUUCAGGUGCAUCACUUUUGUUCCAUGUACUGGAGCUUGUAGAACAGCCAACUCAGUCAGCUGUUGUUCCUGAUGCUACUUCCUCACCAGCAGGAUCUCCAACUCUUAACAAUACUGAUGUUGCUGACCCCAGUUCAGCAUCUCACUCUCCCAGUCACUCUCCUGACUAUGUAGUUCCACCAAAGAAGUCAGUUUGUCCUUAUCCUAUGAACAAUCAUGUGGCAUAUGAUCAUCUGUCACCUAGCUACAGAUCUUCUUUGGCUGCAUUCUCAGCCAUUGUGGAACCUAGAUCCUUUGCAAAAGCCAGCCAAGACCCUAAGUGGGUUGAGGCUAUGAAGGCUAAGAUCACUACUCUUAAAGAAAAUAAUACUUGGUCCAUUGUCUCUUUGCCUCCCGGGAAGGUUCCUAUAAGCUGCAAAUGGGUAUUUAAAGUCAAGUACAAAUCUUCUAGUGAAGUGGAAAGGUACAAAGCCAGACUGAUGUAUGUUCAUAAUGCUUUCCUUCAAGGAGAUCUUCUAGAGGAAGUGUACAUGCAUGUUCCUGAUGGCUUUUUAAGCCAAGGGGAGUGUCAUCAGAAAGUAGACUUAGGACUGGUUGUUAUCCUAGUUUAUGUGGAUGAUCUCCUCGUAAUUGGAAGUAGUCUAGCACUAAUCAAACAGGUCAGGAAAAGAUUGCAAGAGAGAUUUAAGAUGAAAUACCUUGGUGAACUCAAAUACUUUCUUGGCAUUGAGUUCUCUAGAUCUCAAGAAGGCAUAGUAAUGUGUCAAAGGAAAUAUGCUCUUGAACUUGUGUCAGAGCUUGGUCUAGUAGGAGGUAAGCCAGCAGCCACACCUCUUGAAUUCAAUCAUAAGCUCACAUCCAUUGAAUUUGACAAGGAAAUACCAGAUGCCAAUGCUACAGUGGACAAGGAACUUGAAGAAAAAUGA